GCCUCUUGCACGUAACUGUCAAGGAAGCUGCAGUGAGCAAUGAGCUUCAGCCCCCUCCUCCGUCACUCAUGUUUACUUGCUUUGUCAGCUGAGCUCGGUAAGGCUGGUUUGUGUGCCUCCUUGCACCCUGAAACCGGACUUAGGACUUCAACCUUGAAAGAGACUUUAUCAACGAGUUACGGCUUGCUGACGGCCCUUUUCUCCCCUUCCCAGACGGCAGCAGCGUAACGGAACCAACAGAACGGCGACGUGAAGGCUACUCGUUUAGUUAAUUACAACCACCAGUAGUCUAGCAGUAACAAUAGCAAUUGUAUUUAACCUUUAACAUGACACUCAAAUCUAAUAAAAACGAGCCCGCUGCCGUAUUUGAGCGAGUCAACAGUGCACAUACCUCGCUUUCAGACCUGUACCUGGAGCAGCUACUGCAGAACAAAACCAAGCCGGAAAAGGUGGUGAUGCAGACGCAGGAAGCCGCGGGAGAGGAGGUGUACACCAACGGGAGCCACCGAUUGGGCAGCACCAACGGCCCUUCCAUGAACGGGAAGGAGCUCACCAAGAUGCGCCUGGUGCAGUUUGAGAAGAGCGCUACAGAGCCAAUGGGGGUCACACUGAAACUGAAUGAGAAGCAGCGAUGCACAGUGGCCAGGAUCCUGCAUGGAGGAAUGAUUCACAGACAAGGUUCUCUCCAUGUGGGAGAUGAGAUUGCUGAAAUCAAUGGGAGCAGUGUAGCUAAUCAGUCCGUGGAUCAGCUGCAAAAGAUGUUGAAAGAUACUACCGGAGUCGUCACCUUUAAGAUCAUCCCCAACCAGCAAGCCCAGUCCCUAGCAUUUGAGAUGUACAUGAGAGCUCAGUUUGACUACGAUCCAACGAAAGAUGAUCUCGUACCAUGCAAGGAAGCUGGUCUCAAAUUCAAAACAGGUGACAUCAUCCAGAUUAUCAACAAGCAAGAUCCAAACUGGUGGCAAGGCAGGCUGGAGGGCUCAGAGUCAGAGUUCGCAGGUCUGAUCCCCUCCCCUGAACUGCAGGAGUGGCGUGUAGCGAGCAAAACCAAGUCCAGUGAGCAGGGCACCCAGUCCUGCAGCCCCUUCGGGAAGAAGAAGAAAUGCAAAGACAAGUACCUGGCCAAGCACAGCUCAAUUUUUGAUCAGCUGGAUGUCAUUUCCUAUGAAGAGGUUGUGAAACUCCCUGCUUUCAACAGGAAAACGCUGAUUCUCAUAGGUGCCCCUGGAGUUGGAAGAAGCCAUAUCAAAAGCACUUUACUCACCAAGUACCCAGAGAAAUUUGAGUAUCCUUCCCCUCAUACCACCAGACCACAGAAGAAAGACGAAGAGCAAGGGAAACAGUAUUAUUUCAUUUCUCAGGAAUCCAUGACAAAGUGCAUCGCGGACAAUGAGCUGGUAGAGUACGGCAGCUUCCAGGGACACAUGUUCGGAACCAAGCUGGAAACCAUCCACAAGAUCCACGAGAAGGGCAGGAUUGCACUCCUGGACAUAGAGCCCCAGAUCCUAAAACUACUUCGAACUGCGGAGUUCGCGCCGCUAGUGGUGUUCAUCGCCCCGACCAACACAGCCAAUCAGUCCGAAUCUUUGCAACAGAUCCAGAAGGACUCCGACGCCAUGCGCAGAGCGUAUGGACACUACUUUGACCUGUCGCUAGUUAACAAUGACGUGGAGGAGACUGUGAAGGGACUGGAGGAGGCGAUGGAGCGAGCCAGCACUGCCCCUCAGUGGGUCCCUGUGUCCUGGGUUUAUUGAUCACAGGUCUUAGUAACAAAACAGUAGCCUACUUCAUUAUUCACAAUGUACCCCCUUUUUAAAGAUCACUAAACUCUCUUUUUUUUUUGUUUUCCACUUUUCAAAGUUGCAGAAUCACAUUAGAAUGCACUUGUACUUUUGUCUGAGAACUGUUUGGAUGUGCAAGUUCCAAUGAGAAACUAGCAUGGGUUGAAGUUUAUGCCUCUGGUAAAUGCUUGUGCAAGUGUUUUGCCUAUGGAUACAGAACAGAUGAACUGGCAGCAAUAAUACUGGGGCCGCAUCUCUGCUACAGUGGCUUCUCAGGUGCCAAUGGUGGAGAUUACUCGUCUAUUAACACAGGGCAAGGCCCACGAUACCAGUCUCUCCAGAUUGGGUAAACCCAGGGUCAAAUCUCAGGGAGAUUAACAUAUGGAGGGUUAGGAUUUGAAAUCAGACUGUACAAGUGACAAGCCUUUCACACUGGCACUGCUACCCAGGUCCCAGUGACCCACCUUAUGAUGUGGGUUGACACACUUUGACCCAGGCUGAGCAAGACAAAAUGCUCGACGGCCGUUCGUGAGCCGGCACAGUAACAGCCACGCCUGCGUGAAGGUUUCACUUCUGCAAAGAACAUUUCUGUUUAGCCCUAUUUUUGUUGCUUGAGACACAGCAUGAACCAGAUUGCAGCAGGGAUGUAGAAAUGUUUGCUGUAAUCAAAAUUUGGGCUGACGGUUCAGUCUAGAGAAGCUUGGGUGGAAGAAUUAGUAACAAACUGCUUCCAGGGCAUUGAUAUGAGCAUAGUGUACUUGCAUCCGUCACCCAAAUCAACCCUAACUUUAUCAAAAGCAGUGUGAAAUUGUGUACCCGACUCGCAUAACACCAGGUCCUGCCCAGAUAGCUCAUGCCAGUAUGAAAGAGGCUUUAAGAAAACCAAAGGAUGACGUGAGGAAAUGGGAACCUACAACUUUGUUGGUGUUUUUUUUUGUAUGUUUUACAAAAAGGUUAGCUGUGCAUUUACAUUACAGAACAGUACAGUUGUGUGGCAGAGAUCCAUUAAAGUGUUUCAGCCCAUGUUUUGCUGGAACGUAUUUGAAUGCAUGCCAGAUAAGUGUGUAUCAGUUCAGCACAUCAUUAUUCUAGUAGAGAACUGACUCAAUUCAAGUAAAUGUCAGUGUUUGAAAUGGAUCAGGUAUUGAAAGGACUUGCGUCAUAACAAAAUUAUGUGCAGAUUGAUGCAAAGGAUUAUUGCUUGAUUUUCACCAUGCUAUGCUGACAAAUAGGCAGUUUCCCCAUCCCCACAAGCUAGAGUAGAGAUUUGUUUGUUCAAUCUGCAUGCAAAGAAACGUGUUUAUUUUAUCCUCCAUACGUAAAACAUACAUUUUGGCUUAGCCAUGUUAUUUACAGCUUUAAAAAAUAAAUAUAAAUAAAUGUGUAUCCACAGGUGCCUCCCUCCCAGGAAAGAUGGCUCUUUCCCCCCUCCCAAGGCACAUAAUCCCAUGAGCAAGUGCAAUAACACAUGUCUACAUGUCUUGCCCUUAAUUGGGGUCUACUUUGAGAACAUUGUCUUGUGUAACACGCACACGUGUGGGUACUGAAGUGAUCCCAUCUCCCUUUUAUUUCAUUGUUAUUUGGGACAGUUUAGUGUUGGGUUAUGGGAUUGUUUUUAUGCCAGGAUGCAUAUAAAAAUGGCAUGUGAUUCUGAAUUAAUAAAGCAGUGAAAGACUUUCUUUUUUUAAAGUGUCUAAACACAUUCUGUAUAUAGUCUUUAUAGAACAAAAGUUCAAGCUGACAGAAUUCAGGCUUUUAAAUAAAAUACAUAAAUUUUACGCUUACACUCAUCAGGUCCAUGUCCAUCAGAUUUAAUGAAAUAUCUGCUGGUCAAUCACAAUCACUUAUUUACAUUACAAAAAUAAUAAACCUGGUCUUAAAAGCCAUUACAAUAUAAAACAAACUUCAGCAUUUUUAGUUUACAGUAUUCAAGAUUGCUGGAAUAUGUUCAAAUACAAUGUUUAACAAAUCUCAUGAACUGCACACAAAAAAACAAAAAAAAAAAACAA